AUGUCACUGGCCGCUGACUAUGAUGGGCGGACAGGCCUUAUGAAAAUGCAACUUUCCAAUCCCUUAAUUUCCGUACAAACAAACACGACACCGAAUUUAUUGCUGGCAGGUGAUUUCAAUGAUUUAUUAUCUGGCUUCCCAAGUCCUAUGAGUGAAAUUGCACCUGACGAAUUGAUACCGUCUUUUGCUAAUUUUAUACACGAUUUAAGCAGCUUUUCAUUCGAGGAUACAGUCAGCGCUAAUACUAUCGCCAUGGAGCACAGUUAUUCUAGAGCUUGGAACUGGAGGCCAGAAACUAACACCUUCAAGCCUGCGAGAAAUUUGCUAGUACACAGACCACCUGCUUGUCCUGGAUGCCAUGAGGAAUCUGAAGACCCUUAUAUAGAUGUAGAUGGUCCUCUGAGUCCCCCACCCCCAUUACCUUAUGAUGUUGAGAAAGGUAGAUUAUCUAUGAAUGAAAUCGAAAACAAAGUUGAAUACAUUACCAAGUCUGAAGAUGAUGAAUGGGAAGAUAAAAUUGAUCGUAAACAUUGGAGUGCUAAUGAGAGAGCUUAUUUUGAACGGUUGAAGACUAUUUUAAAUGAUGAUUUGGUUGCAAGAUUGACUGUACACAAUAAUCGAAAUGAACCGGUGCUCAGAAGAUCAAUAGUGGAUCGAUCAGUAUUGAAAUUCAGACGUGCUUUUAGUACCAUAGGAUGGGAUAUGAAAAUUCUGCAGGGGAUGCAUAAUGUGUUUAUUGAUCACUUGAACAAAAGACUGCUAUCUGUUUAUAUAGACAUUUUACAGGGUCUUAAAAGCAAACUACCUGUUCUUGUUGAUAAAUUAAUGUUUAGUAGUAUUUUUAGAAACGGUGCGUGUUAUGAAGGACUUGUUGAUUUACUGAAAAAGCCUUGGAAUCCUUUAGAUGAUAACAUUAUUAAUAGUAAAACUAAAAAGAUACCAAAUAAUCCUAUAUUUUUUGUGUGUCCAAGCUGUCCACAAGUUAACUCAAUGCUACCAAGUCGAUAUCAACAAUUAAUGUCUUUUUUAAGUGCCAUUGCAACAGUUGAAAAUGUGUCAUUAAAUCUAGGUUUCUCAUCAUCUCGGUUUACACUUACGCAAGUAGUUGAACAUAUGCUGGCGACCUCCAGAACACGGUUACAAGAAGUUAAAUCCGAAAAUCCGGAUAGGCCUAUUAUACUUAUAGGUUUUCAUAGUGGAGCAUCAUUAGCAUUCCAAAUUGCACAAACUGAAAUGGUGACUUGUAUUGUAUGCAUUGGAUUUGAUAUUCACACAGCAGAAGGUAUGAGAGGAACUCCUGAUGAUAUUAUUUUAAAUAUUCCAUGUCCUAUUUUAUUUAUAAUGGGGGAAAAUUCUGCAAGAUCACAUCCUGAGGAAAUUGAGAACUUACGAGAAAAUAUGAGUGCAGAAACCUCCCUUAUUAUUAUUGGAAGUGCUGAUGAUUCUUUAAGAUUGAGUUGUAAUAAAAAGAUUUAUGAAGGUGUUACACAGCCUAUGGUUGAUAGGUGUAUUAUUGACGAAAUAGCAGAUUAUGUGACAUCUAUACUACUUAAUCCGUAUCCUGAUGCUACAACAAAGCAAAGAACGAGUUAUAUCACUAAUUAUAAACAAUCCUCCAUCAAAAAACAAUUUCGAACUAAAAAGAUAUCAAAACGUAGGUUUUCUAGUGGCAGUUAUUGUGAUAAUGACCUUAAAUUUGAACCUCAUCCUAAACGAGUUAGACCUGUAGGUCGCCCCAGGGGAUCAUCAUCCAAAAACAAAAUUAACCUACAAAUGGAUAGCACAUUACAUUAUUCAAACCUUGGUAAUAUCACAGUGAGUUCUUUGGACGAGUCACCGGCUAAUUGUAAUAAGGUAAACUAUAAUCGUCAGAAUAAUCAUGUAAAACAUCGUAAUGCAUUGAAUGAGUUUAAUGAAAUGCAGCAACAAGAUGUGAUUGAUAGAGCGGUAAUGAGCAUAUUACCUGAAAUAUCAGAUGAUAGUCAAACGCCUAGAAAAGUUCUCACACCAAUGAAUGAUACACUGGCAAGAAAUGAAUCAUCUUUGGUUAUUACAGAUCCAAAUCAUCCUCCAAGAAUAAAGACGUUUGAUUCAUCAAAGUAUAAGUUGUCAACUUACAAUGCAAGUUCUAAUUCUAAUAAACUUGUAUUGUCUGCGAAUAAUUUAAGUCAAAGAUUCAAGGGUAAUGCUAAGUUAGUCAAGAUGUAUUUGCCGCAAAGUUCUAAUGUAUCCAAGCCAGGAAAGUCUUCAAAUGCAUUGAGUACGAAGCCUUCAAAUGACCAACUAGCUGGUACAAAUAUUUUAGAUAUUCCCAUAGUUUUUGCAGAUAACGACGGUUACAUUAAUGAACCUUUAAAAGUGGAGGAUAAUACUUCCCCACAAGUGAGUACUACAAAAGUGAAUAAAAAGCCUAUUAAAAUGAUUGUUUUAAACAAAAGUUCAAAACCUCAUCUACAUAAUUUUAGUUUAAACAGUGAUACAAAGUUAUCGGCGAGUCAAAAAUCAAGUGCAAAUAACAAUAGUGAUAAUAAGUACCCUAAAAUAUUAUUUAGACAGUCGCCUGUGCAGAACAGUGUGCGUUUAACAACAACCCAGUCACAGCAAAGUGUAUCUUCAUCAAUAGACUUCAAAAACGUGGAUUUAGAAAGCAAACUUGUGGCGAAUAAAGUAUUAAAAACAAUUCCACCUGCAGUUAAACAAAUUACACCAAUCGGUGAGUCUGUGUCCCCUGCAAAUAGUGAUAUCAAGAACAAAAUACUGCUGACUGUCGGAUCCAGAAUGUCGGUGUAUAAAAGUGGUGACAAGGACAAUAACGAUAAGACUACUGUAAAAUCUCCUAUUAUCUUUCGACCCGGUACACAAAUCAAAGCUAUACCAAUGCUACAAGCCCAAAAUAUCUUAAAUCGAAACUUUUCUAUUAAGAAGAAUCCAAAGUGUAACUUUAGCCCUGGACAGAAGGUGACCCUCCAACAGAUCAGUUCCAAAGACAAUAGUGACGCUUAA